AUGCACCGAGGCGGGCCAGGGCCAGGCCUCAGAGGCCUCAAGGCGGCCGAGAGCUCCUCUGAGGACUUGGGAGGCUCUUGCCUGGAGGUCGGGAGGGGUUUUGGGGUGCUAAGGGAGAACUGCGAGGCCGAGGAGGAGAUGGCGGGUGGCAGGACACGCAACCGGCCGGUGCGCUCCAAGGCGCGGCGCAUGGCGGCCAACGUGCGGGAGCGCAAACGCAUCCUGGACUACAACGAGGCCUUCAACGCGCUCCGCCGGGCGCUGCGCCACGACCUGGGCGGCAAGAGGCUCUCCAAGAUCGCCACCCUGCGCAGGGCCAUCCACCGCAUCGCGGCGCUCUCCCUGGUCCUGCGCGCCAGCCCCGCGCCCUUCUGGCCCUGCGGGCAUCUGGAGUGCCACGGCCAGGCCGCUCGCGCCGGGAGCAGCGGGGAUGCGGGCUCUAGCCCGCCGCCGCCGACCGCCCCGCCGUCCGCGGGCCCCUUCGCGCCGCGCUGCGCCUCGUGCUCCCCGCACCUGUCCCCCGGACUGCCCCGGGCGGGGGCCGAGGCUCAGGGCUCGGCUCAGGCGUCCACGGGAAGCUGGCGCCGAGGUCCCGGGGCUCCCUUCGCCUGGCCUCGGGGGCACCUGCGUGCGGGCCCCGGGCUGGGCUUCCAGCACUGCUGA